UUUCCUCGCUCUCUUCUCCUCCUCUCCUCUUCCAGAUCUGCCGAGAUCCCCUCGCUCUCCUCGAUCCAGAUCGCCGUGCUCUGCUCCUCCCUCCCCUCCGGCAAGAUACCCACGCUCCUCCCUCCCUCUCUUCCCUCCGGCGGCCUCACUUUCCUUGAUCCGCAACCAAUCAAACCGCAACCAAUCCCCCACCCCACCCUUCCUCCCUCUCACUCGCGUAGGUGCAGGCGCAGGGCACAACGCCCAAUCCAAGGCGGCGCCGUCCUCAUGCGCGCUCACGGUGGCCAUGACGGCGCAGGCGCUCACGCCGCCGCCGCCGCCGGAGCCGCGGCAGCUCAGCCUGGCGGACCUCAGGGCCGUCCUGUGCUUGGCCGCGGCGCCAAGUCGUCUUCCACGUCGUGCCCGAGGACGAGGGCAGCGUCGGCGACGUCGCCAUGGCACUCAAGGCAGUCUCGCAGGAGGCCGCGCGGCACAAGAAGAGCGGCGGGAGCGGCGGCGGGGACAGACACCGGAGGAUCUGGUUCGAGCGCGACGUGCUCCUGGCCCUGCGCCACCCGCUGCUCCCCGCCCUCCGCUGCGUCCUCGCCACCGACGCCGUCGUCGGCUUCGCCAUCGGCCGCUGCAGCAGCGGCGACCUCAACUCCCUCCGACGCCGCCAGACCGAGAAGAUGUUCUCCGACUCCGUCAUACGGGACGCGGCCAAGAUCCUGGUGGCCUCGCGCUCCACCGCGCCUGACAGCAAGCUGAAGGUCGUCUACAAGAAGUACUCGAGCGAGAAGCUGGGAGGAGUCGCCCAUCCAGAUUACAUCAUGCUUGACUACUUGACAAGGACAAGAAGGAACAUGCCCAGGAGAAGAAGGAGCAAGCCCAGGAGAAAAAAACAAGUAGGAGAAGAAGGCCCUGGAUUGCUGUUGCUGGAGUGUUUACGGAAACAUGAUCUUCUCCCAUGUGACCAUUGGUGCUGCCGCCGCUGCUGUGCCAGUUGGAGGUGCUGCUGCUGCAUCUGGUGGAGCUGCAGCUGCCGCCCCAAAGGGCAAACCUUCAUCAGACACAACCCCAUAACAGGGCCUUAAGAUGCUGGCAUUUCAUUCAGGACAAAGAAGUUGGAUGAAACAUAGUUUUACCUCAUUGAGCUAGUUUUGGGAGUAACAAACUCCUUGUAGCAGAACUUAUAUGUGUGCUAUUACUGGGAGCUGAUCCUAUUUGUGUGUUAUAUGAUGUAUGUAUCAGAACUUGUAGGGCUCCUGUGAUAGAGUUGGGAUGAUACACUUGGGCUGUAUGUGUUAUCUAAUUGUAAACAUGAUGCUGAUCACAUUUUUAUGUAUGUUAUAUGAUGUAGCAGAUUGCUUCCUACUGUUAUUUGAAAUAUUGUAUC